AUGAAGACAUUUGCAAUUAUAGCAUUGUUAUUAAUUACAACCUACUCUUAAUCCAAUGAAAUAGAUGUUGUAUUAAAAAUGUUAGCAGAUUUGAAAAAUGGAACUUCAAAAUAAUUAGAACAAUUAGAGUCUGAUUGGUCUGCCACUAAAUAUGUAUUAAUAUUAUGCAAACUAUAAGUCAAAAUAAGAUAUUGUAAAUGAUUUAAUGAGAUCUGCUUCAACUUAAAGAGGAGAAUGUAAUCGAAGAGAUCAAGAAUGGGCUAACAAAGAAAGAGAUAUUAGAAUUACUUUAAGCUAUAUAAGUUGGUUAGAAAAAAGAAUCAAAGAAAAUAAUGAGAGACUAUCAAGACUUGAUAUCAAUAGAUGCGAAUCUAAUUCCAACUUUAUUAAUGAUAUUAAAAAUAGCAAGAAAACUUUAAAUUUAAUUGCUUUCCUUAGAAGAGCUGUUAAAAAUGCCAAAGAAGUAUAUCAUUACAAUAAACACUUAGACUGACUUACCAACAUUAUUAUAAUCUGCUUAAUUUAUUCAACUCAAAUCAUAUUUAGCUGAUGAUUAAGAUGAACCAGAAAUCACUUCUGAUGACAAUGAACCUCCUCAUGUAUAUGAAGAUGCAGAAGUCAUUACUGAUGACAACUAAUAGGAAACUUAAGAAGUUGAUUAGACAAAUUAAGAAACAACUGAAGAAACAACUGAUACACAAACAGAAGCUUAAGAUCAUGAAAUUGAAUAGCAUUAAGAAACUGGAGAAUCUGAUGCUCCUGUUCCAGAACAUCCCUUUGAAGCAGCUGAAUAAGCUACAAAUGAAUAAUUAGCUAAGGAAGCUGCUGCAUUCAAUAAAAUUAUUGAGAAGGGACAAAAGGCCCCUGCAGAAUCAGGAUCUUAAAAAGAUUAUAGUAAAUUUACAGUAGCUUAAUAAGAGUUACUUAAUUUCCUUGACAUCCUAGAAACAGAAGUCAGAGGAUCAUUUUCAUAAAAAUAAGACAAUUAAGUUACUUCUGCAAUGGGGUAUAGUGAUUUCAAAGGUUUGAUUAUAAAGGAAAAUGAAACAUUUAAAGGUCAUCUUAUUGCUGAAGAUAUCAAUCUUGUAAUAUAUUAUAAAUUUAUCAAUAGGAAAAAUUGUAAAAUCAAUUAAUCACUAUUCUAUAAGCUACUGCUGCCUGCAAAGAUAGAUUAAAGAAAAUCUAAAACUCUAUUGAUUUAGCCAAUGAAGUCAUUAUUAAUUUUUAAUAUUUAGGACUUGAACUCAGCUGAAGCUCAUUUUAAAUCUGUAAGUGAAACUUUGAAUGAAGAAUUAAACACUUUUGAUGAUGUUUACAGAAUCUAUUCCAGCCAGGUUGGAUCUCAAAAUUAAUAAUAUAAGAGAGAUGUCUAAGGCAAAAUUACCAAUUGA